CCGGGCGGGCAAGGCGCGCGGUGUUUCGCUCGGGCGGAGAAAGCAAGAGGAUGCUGAGAGAGACGCCCGUAAAGAACAAGCAGCUCUUACGAGACAGUAAGAGACAGCGAUCGGAGGUGAUGGUUACUACAAACUCAUAACGGGAUGGGUCCGUCUUUACAAAGUCAUGUCACAGUCAAAUGAUUCGUAAGUGGGAUCUCGCAGUAAACGAAAAGACACGAACGGGUUUAAAACGGUUAUAAAAGGUAAUACGGAGCGGAGAAGAAACUGCUGCUACUAUUAGCAACGUGAAAAUAAUUAAUAUGACAUCGCCGCGAAGACGCGCUCGGAGGAUCGAUUGAAGAUUUUCCUUUGAAAUCAAUAUGGAUAACUUAAGCUUUUCAUACCAAAUGGACAGCUACAAUCACACUGGAAAUAUAUCCAGUGGGAAUUCUACAAGUACGUAUUCUCAGGCGACCAUUAUAGGGCUCGCAGGGCUGGUGAGCUUUCUCAUUUUGUUUAUUAUAGUGGGGAAUGUGCUGGUUGUGAUCGCCGUUUUGACAAGCAGAGCGCUCAAGCCGCCACAAAAUUUAUUUCUGGUGUCUCUGGCCAGUGCGGACAUUCUGGUGGCCACACUGAUAAUGCCCUUUUCUCUGGCCAAUGAAUUAAUGGGCUACUGGUUUUUUGGGAAAGUUUGGUGUGAUAUCUAUUUAGCGCUCGAUGUUCUUUUUUGCACAUCGUCUAUUGUUCACCUGUGUGCCAUAAGUCUGGACAGGUACUGGUCUGUGACACAGGCUGUUGAGUAUAACCUAAAACGGACACCUCGCAGGGUGAAGUGCAUGAUCGUGGUGGUCUGGUUGAUCGCAGCUGUCAUCUCCUUCCCACCGCUCAUCUCCAUGGACAGGAAUAAUGAAGGGGACAACAGCGAACCGAAGUGCGAACUGAACAACGUCACGUGGUACAUUCUCUACUCCAGCAUCGGAUCAUUCUUUGCCCCGUGUGUCAUCAUGAUCCUCGUUUAUAUCCGAAUCUACCAGGUGGCUAAGACGAGAACCCGAAACAUGUCUGAAAAGCGCAGGGAUACAGACGGGGAGUCGGGAACGCCACGGCUGGAGAACGGGCUGAGUCGGGAGGAUUCCAGGCGGGAAAACGGGCACUGUGCCUCGCCGCCACCCGGCGAAUGCAAACCAGGAGACGACUACCCAGACGGCGACCUAGAAGACAGCAGCUCUUCUGAUGAAAAAGCAAAGCGGUCGCAGAACGAGAUGGUGCCCGCCCGAAAAGACAGGCGUUCUAGCCGCAAGAACAGCUCGUGUUCCAAGCAUUCCAGCCGAAAGUCCCGUGCCAGCAACAAGUCCCUGGACUUGUUCUCCUCUCGUAGAAAGCGGAGGAACACCAUUUCCCGAAAAAAGAUCUCGCAGGCCCGAGAAAAACGAUUCACCUUUGUACUGGCCGUUGUGAUGGGCGUGUUUGUGGUGUGCUGGUUCCCAUUCUUCUUCAGCUACAGUCUGUACGGGAUCUGCCGGGAAGCAUGCGCCAUCCCCGAUCCCCUUUUUAAGUUUUUCUUCUGGAUUGGUUACUGCAACAGCUCGCUCAACCCUGUCAUCUACACCAUCUUCAACCAGGACUUCCGGCGUGCUUUUCAGAAGAUCCUUUGCAAGUCGUGGAAACGGUCUUUUUAGAGCACAAUGGCAUCUAGGUGCCAAACUCAGCAUUCAGUGCCAUGUACAGGUGGUUGACGUGUCAGAAAAGCUUUUGGAUAUUCCCAAGAGACAUUUUUCAGUAAUAGCACUGCAUUUGUAUCGUUGCAUUGACAAUCUGUACACAACAAUGACAAUGAUAUUUUUCCUGUUUUGUUGUGUAAUGCUUUGAGGACAACAGAAGAUGGGUGGUACCUCAAGCUAAAGAUCCUUCAAAAAGACCCACCUAAACUUGGUGAGACUGCACUGCAUUAGAGGAAACAAGCUUAUCUUUAUGAUGGCUGCAGGCACUCUAAGAUAUCAAGAUACAUUUUUAUGAUUUCUUUGCACAUAUGGGUUGUCUCAUCGUGACUGGAGAGCUAUGUAACAUGAAAUCUGCUUCCUUUUCUUGGGUGAGACAGGAGAAAAAGGGAAAAGUGAAUUAGCAGAAAAUGUACUCGUUCUUUCCAGCUGAGCAGGGCACAACGGACACUCUUGGUUAGGUAGAGCUUAACCCCCUCAGAAGUUGUCAGCAAAUGACAGAAAAAAGAAGAUUGUUGCCCUAAUGUGCUUGGGUAUUGCAUAGUACUUCUCGAGGGUGCAGCUUCCUGACUGAGCAGAGCUUUGUUACAAACUGUUCUUAACUGUCCUUCAGUGAAAUUAAUCACUGCACCGCUGCUCUCUCACGUAUUAGAAAUGCCAUAAAAAGAUACAAAUAAGAGCUAUUUACUGGAUAAGAAUCAAAAUAAACUGUUGUUGUUUUCAAUGAUGAUAAAUGAUGAUGAUUUAUUUAUAUACAGUACAUGAUUUAUUUAUCAGAUUCUAAACUAAAUAAGCUUUGUGGCUAUGCUUGUACAAUGUCUCCCAUUUGUUCAAAAGAUCAUAGCUUAUACAAUUCAGUAUGAUAUAUAUCUGUUGUAAAUUUAUGAGGGCGAAACUUUUGCGUUUUUCUUACUUUAUUUGUUUGUUGUUGUAGAAACAUCUGCCUUGAUGGACAUUGGGCUUCUCUCCUUUUCAUAAACUUGUGAUAUCUCCAAAAUGACUGGCAGGUCACUAUAAGCACAGCUGAUGAUCAAACAAACUGAACAAAUAAAUGGAUUGUUAUUCACUUUAUAGUGUGAAUGGAGUAUUCUAAGACAACCAGGCAACCCCUUGUGUCUCUAGUGGGCUUAU